AUGGCACCCCAAGACGACGACUAUUCGCCGCCGUCAACAUUUUCCCCCGCUAAGACUACGCCCCUUCGACAAGGGGCAGAGGCCCCACAACGAUUUUCAAGCAAAUCAAAAUCAAUUUCCCUGAUUCGACGAGCUCAAAAUCCUGAUACAAUCAGAAGCGGCGGCGUUUCUCGUGGUUUUGAUGAUGAGGAUGGUGAGGUCACAUCCAGAGAGGAGCUAGACAUGGCAAUCGAGGCCAGGGCCGUGUUCGAGUCCCUGAUGACGCUAAGAGCUGGCGGCCAUCGCAACGUGUCGAGUCCCUGA